AUGCAGCCAUCACCGAGCAGAUCCACCACCGCCCCUACCAUGCCCACCACCAUCGACGGCAGCGACGCCAAAAAGAUACCCCGAUACCCAGGCACUUCGACUUACUCGCCCCCCUCGUCGUCGCACGCCGCCUCGCCCGUCUCCUCGCCGCCAUCCUCGCCCACAGGCCCGCACAGGUCUCCGUUCCGCUCCCGCACCGCCUCCAUCGACGAUACCUACAGCGAUCACACCGGCAACUCGACCCUCAGGGGCCCCCACGCAGCCAACGACCCCCACCGCACCUCGCUCGGCACCAAGCUCCUCAACAAGCUCCACCUCAGAUCCAAGCACGACGCCCAAGCCGCGCAUCCCGCCCCGUCCGCCGCCGACGACGGCGAAGGCAACGUCGAGUCGCAGGACUACGAGCGCUUCCUCAAGGCAGCAGCGGUCAGGGAGGCCUUUCGCGACGCCAGAGAGUCGGUCAGCAGGGGCAAGCUCAAGAGCGCCUCGUCGACCCCCAAACGGCAUCCAUCCUCUCCCGACAAAAGAGGCCGCGACGACGACAAUGACAACGACGCCAGGACCGGCAGUCCGGCCACGCGUCACUUUCCUGGCGACCUCUAUUCCGACGAUGGCCGCCGAGCCUCGCCGGAGAGGAAAUUUGGCUUGCCUCGCAGCGCGUCUCACCGAUCCCAUCGUGCCGAUGGCCACAAACACGGCCACCCGCACAGCCACAGCCACGACGAGGACAAUGGCGACCGCACCUCGGUCAGCGGCAGCGAGGGCAGCUGCGAUGCCGUCUACGACACCGACAUCUCCGAGAGCGCCAGGCCCUCGCACGAGCCAGACACCGAAGAGCUGGCCGAGCGCGCCCUCGCCACGAUGCCCUUCCUCGAGGGUCGCUACUCGUUCGAGUCCGACCACUCGGACGACUCGAUGGACCUCAUGCUCGACGACGCCACCCACUACGACCUCAUCCGCCGCGCCGCCGCCGAGCAGGGCCACUCGCUCAACGACGUCACCCUCCGCGAGCUGGCCGUGCAGCAGCGCAACCGCAUGGGCGACCUCCUCUCCGAGCACGACUCGGCCAGCGGCGGCGCAAAUCAGGCCCUCCGCAAGCCCCUCAUCGAGCUCGAGGAGGUCGAGCUGGAGAAUUUCCUCAACAGCUUCGCCCGCCACACCCGCGAGGUCAAGGUGCCGGACGCCGAGGCCAGGCGCGCCAAGCGCAUGCCGCAGUGGUCAGACUUCCGUAUCCGCCCCGACGAUGGCCAGGUCCUGCAGGCCUCGGGCUCCAAGAAGCGGACCAAGCUGCUGGCCCGGGUCGACCGGGGCCUUCAGACGCUCAAGGGCGACAUCGAGGGCAACGGGGCGGGCGGGAGCGGAGCGCACGAGGCACCGGUGGGCCAUGCGGUCCAGGCCUCGGACAAGCUGGUCUCGACGCCCUCGGACGACUGCCGCCUGUUGCCGUCGCGUGAGAGGAGCUCGAUGACGCUGGCCUCGGGCCAAGCGACGCCGCAGAGCCUACAGACGGGAGACGACGAAGAAUACCUGGGCUCGUCGUCGAAGCCAAAGCGCAAGAAGCGCAAGCUGCCCGGGCGGUCCCUCCGCAUCGGCAGCCGACCCGCCUCGGACGCCGAAGCCGGCCACGACGGCCGCAAUGGUCGCAGCGGUGGUCACAAUGGCGGCGGCGACGACGACGACGACAACGACGAGGACUGGAACCUCAUCGUGCCCUCUGCGUCGCGCGAUGGGCUUGAGGAGAAGGCGUCGUCGGCGUCCGAGGUGCGCGUCAAUGCGCGCGACGAGCAGGUCGACGGCAUCGCCUUUUGCAUCGCCUACAUCCUCGCCCUCGUCGAAAAGAUUGCGCCCGAGGAGCUCGACUACAGCGUCGACCGCGGCUACCGGGAGGGCGUCAUCCGCUCCCACGUCGAGCGGCUCUACACGAUUGCGCCGUUCUGGGAGCAGCUCGGCUUCAAGGUGCGGCGCCUGUACCGGUGGGAGGACCCCAAGACGACGGCGACGGCCGCCAUGGUCUACUUUGUGCUGUGGUACAGCGACAUGAUCCCCUCGGCCUUUAUGCUGUCGCUCAUCUACGGCGUGCUGCGUUUCAAGUACUUUCCGCCGUCGGAGAGCUACCUGCACGACAAGGUGCGGCAGCGGAUGGCGCGCGGGCGGGCGGCCAACAAGCUGUCCGAGAAGCUGCGGCGGCAGUCGCGCCUCGACAUCCUCAACAUCUACAAGCGCUGGGCGCAGACGUACGGCGCGCCGAGCCAGGAGGCGCUGGGCCUGCUGGCCGACUGGCACGAAAAGGUCAAGAACCUCAUCCUCUGGCGCAACCCCAAGGCAUCGCAGCGCUCCGUCGCCCUCCUCAGCCUCAUCACCGUCUUCGUCACGUUUGCGCCCGCCCACUACGUCUUCAAGUCGCUCCUCUUCCUCGUCGGCAUCACCUUUUUCUGUUUGCUGCCGCUGCAAAGCUACUUUCCGACGCACCGCAAGGCGCUCUCGCCCGUGUGGUGGAUCCUGUUUGGAGCGCCCACCGACGCCCAGUUUGCAGUGCAGCUGCUGCGCAAGCGGCACCUGGAGCUCGACGAUGCGGGCAAAUGGGCCACGGCGUCGGACGUGCGCAAGGCCAACAAGGGCACCAAGUCGGCGGUGCGGCCCGACAAGCGCGAGGCGGGCGUGCCGCUCGAUCAGAUCCCCGCCGCCGCGCGCGGCGAAAACGACUACGUCGAGACGACGUCGACGACGGCGCUCAAGCCGCGCAAGCUCGGCAGCUUCUUCUGCCAGUACAAGGGCCUUCCUGGGCGGCUGCACAUCAACACCCGCUACCUCUACUUCACGCCGCUCCACAACGGCACCCAGAAGCGCGCCCACACGCCCCUCUCGGCCGUCGGCGGCCUGACAAAGACCAAGAACAUCCGCCUCUGGCUCUGGAGCAGCCUCGGCAUGAAGGUGGCCCGCACCAACGGCAAGCCCCCCAUCCUGUUUGCCAAUAUCCAGAACAGGGACGAGGCCUUCAACCUCAUCCUCGCCGUCUGCUCCAACAAGGCCUAG